CUAUUGACGAACAUCCUACAUUGCCUGCGCGAAAGCACGCACCCUAUAGCGGGUUUAUCAUUUUAGUGUUGAGUGCUCCGGUGGCGCGCUGUCGCAAUUAGUGUAUACUUGACUAUAAAAAUGAUAUAGCAUUGAUGCCGUUUCAACGAAGCACUGCGUAGAUCGCAGCGCAGUCACGCGCCGCUUGGCUGGCCGCAUAGGAGUUUAGUGAGUCAAUAUGCCGAUCAACAGGCAGAAAAUCCUUCAGCUGGCCAGCAGCUUCCGUGGGCGAGCACGGACCUGCAUCAAUAUUGCCCGAUUACGAGUAGAAAAGGCGCUGCAACAUGCCUACGUUGGGAGAAAGCUUAAGAAGAGGCACUGGAGGUCCGUCUGGAUUCAGCGCAUCAACGCAGCUUCUCGCGAGCACGGGAUGUCGUACACGGGCCUCAUAACGGGUCUCAAGGCUGAGAAUGUGGCUCUGAACCGCAAGGUGCUGUCGGAGCUGGCCAUGAGCGAGCCGUUCAGCUUUAAGGCGCUGGUGGAGCAGGUGCGCCACAUGCGCGGACUGCCGCCCGCGGGGCCGUGAGCUUGAGGCUGGAGCUGGGGCUGGGGCUGGAGCUGGAGCCGUGGGCGGAGAAGGAGAAGGAUGAGAAAGGAGGAGGAGGAGGAGCGUGGAGCGGAGAGGGAGCGGAGGAAGGGGAAGGGGAGGAGCGGAGAGGGAGCGGAGAGGGAACGGAGCGGGAGCGGGAGCGGGAGUAUAGGGUGCUGCCAGACAGGCGGUGUGGAGGGCAUGGAGGAACGAGACGAUGUGAGCCGUGAUGGAUGCCGACUGCCGAGCACACUGCAGUGCAGUGUUAGGGAUGGGGGAGGCAGGUGCAGCAGAGUGGGCCAGAUACCGCCAGCGGCAAUUACGGAGUUACAAGGCACAGGCUUUCAGUCACUGCCGCCGGGUGGGGAUACGUGGGGACACAAUCCUUCCGGAGCAAGGAGACUGGAUGUGGCUGCCAGAGGCUGUUGGAUUGGAGCCGAACACGCGGACAAGGUGUGAACGUUGCGGUAGUCCGGCGGCAAGCUACCUGCGGAAUUUUGGCUGUAAGGAGAGGAACGGGUCCAGUCAGGAGAGUCCCAGGGCACGCUGUUCUUGGCGCAGCGGUUGGCAGCUGUACGUGAAUACUUGCUUCUUGUAUGUUGCAAAAGCGCAUGUCGCAUGACCGCAUGUGGCGGGGGGCACGCCCGCGCCGGGGGCGGCUGUUUGUUGGCCCGCGAGGCCCGCCCAUCCCUAGUUGCAGACAGCUCGCUCAGUGUGCAGCUUCCUGUAUCGCAUGCAUCAAUGUAAGGCAUCCACGUU